AGCCCAAACCAAACCAAACCCUCCGAGUGUCGCCAUGUCAGUACCAUCAAUAUAUUGCAAGACCAGCAUGCAUAGAUAGUUGCCAUCCUCAUCUUGCCCAUACGGCUCAAUAAAUUCCAUCGAAGGACAAGUUCUUGCCCUCAUCAAACGAGAAAGCAACCAUGUUGUUAUCAGAAGUUUCACGGCUGGAAACAAGUCGCACAACCCGCCGUACAUUCCUCCGUCCAAAAGAUCAGAGGGCAGCCCCAUCGCAGUCACGACUGUCCACGAAGUGUUCAGGAAGACCACAGAAAAAGACGCCACCAUCCAGAAUCACCGACAAAGGCGCUGUACUAUUGACAAGAUCAGUGGACUCUCCAGAGACGAUGAUGGACACGUCCGUCACAUUGAUCGCGUAUUCAAUGACUGUUAUUAUCGAUGCCUCCGAAGUUUAUUUCCCCAAUGCCUGCAUCGCGGUCGUUUAGGUACAGACCGAAAAAUUUCGCGUCGAUAUAUUUUUCAUCAUAAAAGAGGGGACGGCGGUCGCACUCUUGUUUGGGCCUUGCUAGCUAUAG